AUGGCGGGUCCGUGUACAUCAGGGUUUUGGCAGUGGAAGGUUCUGGUGCUGAUGGCGACGACUGCAACAGUAACUGGGCAAGUUCCAUGGCUGGAAGUUUUCUCCACCGUGAAAGGAACGGGACAGACCGUUUACGACGCCUGGAGUGCCGGUCCUGGUGCACCUGUCCGCCACUUCAGGUGCCCGGUUGUAGAGCAUUGGGAAUCGCUCAACAUCCAGAGGGUAAAAGUCGUAUUGGAGUUUAACUCCACCGGAAAUGUAGAGCUCAUUUUUAAUGGGACAAACACAGACAAGUUCAGCUGGUUCUCCAGGUCUCUUCUGCUCUCAUCUCCUUGGAACGACAUCAACACCGAGACUCAAAACUUCUUCUCGAUCAGAGGAGCCCCACAGUUUAAGAGGUCUUUUUACAUCAAUCGUAACUGGGGUGGUUGCCCCAAUGACGCUGGUUGGCUUGUAGUGGCCGACGGCGGUCCGCACGAAAUAUGCCCAUGGGAGCAAGUCCCCGAAGAUCAGCUGCCUUACAUCCGUUUUUCUAAAACUUCAGGCUACGCUAACUUUAACGGGGACGAUAUUGCAACGGCCGAUCGGAUGGUCAUCUACAUCGACACGCCCGGAAACAACGUGCUGUGCUCCUGCCCUGAUGGACAAUCUCUUAGUGAAGAUGGCACCCGCUGUGUGUGUCCAAUAGCAGACUACGUCAGUUUUGACGGAGUUUUCUACAAGGACUUUGCUGACCCAAAGCCGUACGAUGUGGCUAGUCAAACGUGUGCCGCGGACGGGGGACUGCUAGCCAUGCCGAAGAACGACGCGAUCAGCACCUUCAUCUACAAUCUGGGAGGAGCUGAAGUACGCUGGAUUGGUCUGACUGACACCGUGAACGAAGGGCAGUGGGUGAAAGGGCCGCCACCAAUGGCUACCGUCACCACCACGCCUCCCUUCAGCCAAGCAAUGGGCAAGAUCCAAGUCACACUGAGCGGAAAGUUUGUCCGAGUAGAGUUGACAGUAUUGUGCGUGGUGAUUCUCUACGAUGGGAAGGAGACAGUUGAGGUGAAGAUUCCGAGUAGCUACCAGAACAUGAUGUGUGGACUGUGCGGGAACUACAACAACAUGGGGACCGACGACCUUGUGAUGCCGAACGGAAACAUCGCCUCCAACGUGAACGAGUUCGGGAACAGCUGGGAGACCGACAGCAAUACAUGGAGCUGUAGUUCUAUAUUCCUAACAUUGCAAUUUAACAGCGAGAACAAACUCUUUGUCUUCGACAGCUAUGAAUUGCCCGGCAAACAGCACGUACUCAUCAUGUGCAACCGCCUGCCCUGCAACCUGCGCGAACCCCAACCCAGGCAACUGCGAGCGUGCACGGAAAAUGCGACCUGCAUUGCGUGGGGAGAUCCACACUACAAGACGUUCAACGGAAAGUAUUAUGACUUCCAGGGUCCAUGCAGAUACACGUUCGCCAAGGACUGCGGAGACGGAGGUGACUUCAACAUAGAAGUGCAACAGGUUCCAAAUCCCGAGAACCCAUUCGUUUCAAGUGUGCGCCAAGUGUACGUGUUGGCAUACGGGUACGAAAUCGCGAUUGGCCAAGGCAAAGUUGUGACGGUGACAGUACCGUCGACCAAUAACGCUAUCCCCGCCACGCCUCCCUUUAGUCAAGCUAUGGGCAAGAUCCAAGUUACCCUGAGCGGCAUCUAUGUCCGAGUAGAGUUGUCAGAGUUGUGCGUGGUGGUUCUCUACGAUGGAGUUGACAGAAUUGAGGUGACGAUUCCGGCUAACUACCGGAACAUGAUGUGUGGACUGUGCGGGAACUACAACACCAUGGGGACCGAUGACCUUGUGAUGCCGAACGGAAACAUCGCCUCCAACGUGGACGAGAUCGGGAACAGCUGGGAGACCGACAGCAAUACGAAUGUUAUUUGCCAUGCCCGGCGCGGGAAACGUCAGACCCAAGAAGCGUGUGACCCAAUUCAUUCGGACCCGUGUAACGUGCACAAAGAUCCAAACGGCCCGUUUGCUGCUUGCCAUGGCGUUGUGGAUCCCCAGAGGCACUUUGAAACCUGCGUCUUCGACGAGUGUGCAACGCAGGCUCUGGAUUGCCCGGCAAACAGCAGGUACUCGUCAUGUGCAACCGCCUGCCCUGCAACCUGCGCGAACCCCAACCCAGGCAACUGCGAGGCAUGUUAUGAAGGCUGUGAGUGCAAUCCAGGCUACGUGCAAAGUGGACUGGACUGCGUACCUCAAGCGGACUGUGGUUGCAGCAGCAAUGGUGGAUACUACCAUAAGCUUGGAGCAGUCUGGGAAGAUAAUGGUGAGGAAUGCGAAUGCCAUGCAGGAAACACGGUCGUCUGUGAAGAAAUUGACGGAUGCGUUCCCAACCCGUGCGUCGCCAAUGCCGAAUGCAAAGACGUUCCAGCCCCUGGGACCGGUGCAACUUGUACCUGUGCCACUGGGUAUGAGGGAGAUGGAGAUAUAGAUGGAGCCGGAUGCACAGGGGGAAUACUCUCGGGGCUGACCCUCGUUGAUGCCGGGAUUGGUCAUCUCACCGUUUCCUGGACAGUCGUGGGGAGUCCGGUCUUGCGCUACAGGCUCCGCUACCAGCCAGCAGACGGGUCGGGCUCGUACCAGGACCUCUUCCCCGCACCAGAAAUCGGAGUCACCUCGGCAACCGUGCAGGGACUGUUUGCAGACACGGAAUACACCCUCACGCUCACUUCUUUUGGCGAGGACGACCAGAAAAACGGGGAGAUCAGGGGCACAUACACCACAGAUCCGGUUGUGGUGAACGUAGUGUGCAACCAGGACAGUAUGAGUCUGUCCAUCCCCCGUGCGGCGCUGCCGGCUGUAAAUGUGGAGAACCUGCACCUGUUGGACCCCGACUGUGGAGCUACUGAGGACGAAGACGUCUUUAAGUUGGAGACACACCUGCAGGAGUGUGGAACCCGGCAGGAGACCUCAGGAGACGACAAAUUCAUCUUCUCCAACGAAGUCAUUGCCAGCCAAGUGACUUACGACAACGGUGCUGUACGUGGCCAGCCGGUAAACCUGCCCUUCCAGUGCGAGUUCCUCCGUCAGCGCAACGUUUCUGGUGGAGCCAUCAUGUAUAACAUCCCCUCUCCUCGAAUUCAAAUCGUUGACGCGAACAACAGUUUCACCAUAGAGAUGCAUAUGUUCACUUCGGAAGACUUUCUUGCAACCUACGAGAGUUCUGAUUUCCCGAUUAAGGUCUCACCAUCCGACCGUCUUCACUUCGGCCUGAGCGUGGCGUCACCGCUGGACAACCUGGAGCUGUUCGCCCGUGACUGUGUCUCCACUCCCACCACCAACCCGGACGACUCUCCUAGGGUCAGCAUUAUCGACGAUGGCUGUCAGGUUGAUGAAACUCUACAAAAGGCCGAUGAACUUUCUAACGACAAGGCUCUGUACUACAGCGUGGCCGCCUUCACGUUUCCCAACGCUCUCGACCCCAGCCUGGUUUACUUCCACUGCACCAUGAUUAUCUGCUUCAAGGACGACCCUGACUCUCGGUGCAAACAGGGCUGCAUCCCGCCAGCACGGCGCAGGCGAGCCGUCUCAGACGGGACGGAGGGCAGGGUUCGCCGGGAGAGCAGCAGGGACAAGCAGGCGGACAUCACCCAAGGACCGUUCCAGGUGCAGUCCGGAGAAGCAGGAAUAGGGCCAGCCGGAGUACCGCUGGGUACCGCGGUGGGAGCGGCUGUUGGAGUUGCCGGGAUCAUGGUGCUUCUGAUCGUGGCCGUGGGUCUGAAGACACGUGGCGGUCUGGCCUUAGGGAGGAAGAAGCGCGAUGACGACACUGUCGGACUGGAUAACUACGCAUACCAGAGUUGGGGAAAGAUGAGCAAGGCUGACAUUGCUGACACAAAAGCCUAG